AUGAGCAAUUAUCCAUUUCGGCCUGGCAGUCCUAAAUCCUUCACAGCCUACCCGAGAGGUGACUUUGAUUUAGAAUCUGGAACCAUUAGAAGAACCAGAAAGCAUAGGCAUUCACCAUUGCAACCCAUCAAAAUGAUUAGGUCCAUUGGAAACCGCCUUCAGUAUUAUUGUAAGCUGCACCCACUUUUAGUUUUCACCAUCUCCUUGUCAGUUGGGGUCACAAUUCUCUUACUUUUCUCUCUAUAUGAGAGCCGGUUUGAAAUGAUGGCUAGCUAUAAAAAAUUUGACAUGGGUUCGAAUAGUUAUCCGUUGCCGAAUCUUCAGAAUCUAGUCAUGGUUGCCGGGCAUUCAGUUUAUACUAGCAGUAGCUGUGGAAAAGUUGAUAAGGAGGAUUCUUGGUUUUUGGAGUCUUAUCAGAAGAAUCCAGGUCAAGCUGCAACUUUCGUGGCGCAUAUACAAGAGGGAAUUGAAGUCGCAGCCAAAGACGAUAGAGCUUUGCUUCUGUUUAGUGGUGGAGAGACUCGAAGAGAUGCUGGUCCUCGGAGCGAGGCACAGAGUUAUUGGGCAGUUGCUGAAUCAAAAGGAUGGUUUGGCAAAGAAGAUUUGAGAUCGAGGACACUCACAGAAGAGCAUGCAAGGGACAGUUUUGAGAAUCUUCUCUUCAGUGUGUGCCGGUUCCGAGAACUUACUGGCAUAUAUCCUCGUAAUAUAACUGUUGUUAGUUAUGAUUUCAAGGAGGAGAGAUUUGCACAUCUACAUCGGUCUGCAAUUGGCUUUCCAGAGUCGAGGUUCUUCUACGCCGGUACCCCAGCAAUUUCUACUGCAAAAGAAGCAGCUCAAAAAGGAGAAGCAAUUGUGCGUGCUCAAUUCCAAGAUGAUCCAUAUGGCUGUCGAGGUUCACUUUACCAUAAAAAACUAGGGCGUGAUCCGUUUCACCGGUCUAUUCCCUAUCCAAAUGGGUGUCCUGAAAUUGAAGGUCUUUUCAGAUAUUGCGGGACAGAUCCUUAUCCAGGGUCCCUUCCCUGGCCUAAGAGUUAA